AUGACGAGCCCACAUUGUUGGGAGAUACAUCCAAUGCAAAAAAAUAGAAUGAAGAAGAUAAAUAGAGCUUAUGGCGAAGCCAUCGUAUCCGUAAGGGAUAAGAUGAGUAAAAGGGAGUCGACAGAGUUGCCAGACUAUCGAAUAAAGACAAAGUCAUUGGAUACUAUUAGGAAUAAUAUAAAGGAUAUAACAGCUAGAUUACAGAGACAGUCAAAGGCACAUCAAGUGUUGAUCAAUGAUAAUACUACGUUGGCCGAUUGCUUCACAGAGUGUGGCAAUCAAUUAUUACAGGAGGAGGGUCAUACCACGUCCUCUGCGGCCAUCCUCGGUCCCACCAUGACCAUCAUCGGCGACAUGCACAACCAAUUCGAAGUGAGUCGUUCCAAGCUAGACAUUGGCAUUGGCAACACCCUCUUGAAUCAAUGGCAAGAGUAUCUCAAGAAUGAGCUCAAAGAUGCAUUGGUGAGUAGAUGUGAUGGUCAUCUUGAUUGA